AUGCAGUGUCGUCAAGACCCUAAUGAAAUCAGAGAAAGGCAAAGUUUCGAGCAAAGUAGGGCUUGGAAGUCUUCGUCAUUCGGGGAAAUCCAGAGAAUAACUGACCCCGGGGAAAUCCAGAGAAUAACUGACCCCGGGGAAAUCCAGAGAAUAACUGACCCCGGAGAAAUCCAGAGAAUAACUGACCCCGGAGAAAUCCAGAGAAUAACUGACCCCGUAAAGCAACAGACAUUACAGUUGGCCAACGCUGGAACAAAGUUGUCUUUUGAAGGUAUUCGUGGAAUUAAUUGGCAGGGAGAUAUUGCUAUCGAUGAUAUCUCGAUCUUCGCCUGUCCUACAGAACUCAACUGCAAUUUUGAUGCUGAUACAUGCGGGUUUACCCAAAGACGAAAUGAUCAAUUUGAUUGGAGCAAAACGUCUGGAAAGACACCAACCCAUAACAGUGGUCCAGAUAGUGACCAUACAUCAGGACGUGGUUCCUACAUGUAUAUCGAGGCUUCAUUUCCACGAAGGGAAGGAGAUAGGGCUUUCCUAGACAGAGCAGUAACUCUCACUGGUAACGAAUGUCUCAAGUUCUUCUAUAACAUGAAUGGAGACGAUAUUGGUACUCUAAACGUGCUUGUUGGUAACACCAAGGUGUUUAGCAUGUCUGGUAAUCAAGGCAAACUAUGGAUCCCUGCUCUAGUGCGCCUUCCUAAAAGAGGAUCACAGAGGCUGUCAUUUGAAGGUAUUCGUGGAGGAUCAUAUAGGGGAGAUAUUGCUAUCGAUGAUAUCUCGACCUUCGCCUGUCCUACAGAGUUCAACUGUACCUUUGAUGCUGAUACAUGCGGGUUUACCCAAAGMCGAAAUGAUCRAUUUGAUUGGACCAGAAYAUCUGGUCCCACACAAAGUCAAGGAACUGGUCCAAAAAGUGACCAUACAUCAGGAAAUGGUUUCUACAUGUAUAUCGAGGCUUCAGGUCACGCAGAGAGAGACAAGGCUUCCCUAAACACAUUUGUGAUUCUCACUGGUAACGAAUGUCUCAAUUUCUUCUAUCACAUGAAUGGCAAUGGUCUUGGUACUCUGAACGUGUACGUUGGUAACACCAAGGUGUUUAGCAAGUCUGGUAGUCAAGGCAAUCGAUGGAUCCUUGCUAAAGUGCGCCUAUCUCAUAAUCAAAGAGGAUUACAUAGGCUGUCCUUUGAAGGGAUCCGCGGAUAUUCAUAUCAGGGAGAUAUUGCUAUCGAUGAUAUCUCGAUCUUCACCUGUCCUACAGAUAAURCGUUUAUCAUGUCACUAUUAAUGCGAAUUAGAAGCUUAACGAAAUCCGCGUUUUUUUUGAAGAGUUAUCUUAGAAUGAAUAGUGCGUGUAUUUUGGUUUUGAUUGGGAUUGUAACGAUCUUCCAAGACGUCAGUGGAUUCUUUUGCACGUUUGACGAAGGUCUCUGUGGAUUUACCCAGAAACAAGAUGACAGUUUUGAUUGGAGAAGACACAAAGGAAGAACAUCAUCGGGUGGUACUGGCCCUUCUGGGGAUAAGAAUUCAUUUAAAGGUUAUUACAUGUAUAUCGAAGCGUYCAGGAAGCAUGCCGGUGACAAAGCAGUUCUAACAAAACCCUUAACUCUGAAUGGUCGAAAUUUAUGCCUCUCAUUUUACUACCAUAUGAUUGGCUCUCAUAUCGGCACAUUGAACGUUUAUGUUGGCUCAACAAAAGUAUUCAGUAAGACAGGACGAYAUGGAUAUAACUGGAACAAAGCUGUGAUUAGCUUGAAGCAAACUGGAGAUCAGACGCUAGCGUUCGAAGGUGUUGUUGGAAAUGGCUUCCAAGGUGACAUAGCAAUCGACGAUGUCAUGGUGGGAGCCUGCGAUGAUAAAGUUACUCCAGCUCCUACCGUUUCUACCACGCUGCCUACAACAGCAACAUCUCCAACACCUACACCUGCUCCACACACCCCAAUGACAAAACCUAGCACAGCUCCUGCCAUUACUACGGUUCAAAUGACUACACCUCGAAUUCCUACGACCACUGCUGAACCUCCAAUUGUUCCCAAUACUCUUCCACCGACUGUCAAGUGUGGUCUUCGCCCCAGCACGAGGAUUGUUGGUGGCUCAAAUGCUCGUGCAGGAGACUGGCCAUGGCAGGCUCAGUUGGUAAACAAAGACAACUACCCUUUUUGUGGAGGAACUUUGAUCCAUSCUCAAUGGGUUUUGUCUGCUACUCACUGCCUAAAGAAGAAAACAGCCGAUACUAUUCAUGUCAGACUUGGCGCUCAUCAUCGUACAAGAAACAAUAGCAACAUCCAGGACAUCCGGGUUACCAAGAUUAUCCAGCAUCCCGAUUACCAUAAACCAGUUAAACAUGCUUAUGAUGUUGCUUUAGUAAAACUGGAAAAACCUGCUAAACUUAACAAGUUUAUCAAUCUGGUAUGCACUCCCGAAAACGAACCCGUUCCAGACGAAGGCAAAGAAUGUUGGAUAACAGGAUUCGGUGCUAUAUCCCCCAGUGGAUGGCUUCCAAACUAUCUACGUCAGGCCAAAGUUCCAAUCGUUGGUCGACCAAGGUGUGAAAAAGCAUAUCCUAAAAGACUGCACGAUUCCAUGAUCUGUGGGGGGUACGAUAGGGGUGGGAUUGACUCAUGUCAGGGCGAUUCGGGCGGACCCUUGGUUUGUGAGUCAAGAGGUCGAUAUUUCAUUCAGGGUGUUACUAGUUGGGGCGUAGGGUGCGGGUCAGCUGGUAACUAUGGCGUAUAUGCAAAGGUUACUCAUUUUAUGGACUGGAUUAAGAAAGAGAUAGGAAGCAAUUAA